UUAGUCACUAGGGCUGGGAAGACCCGGUACUGACCAGGCUGGGGGCGUGCCCCUUGACCUGACAGGACAUCCCGCCCUCAAACUUCUUUCUCUCUCCACUUCCGAGUCCGGACUUUCAGGACAGAACCCCACCCCCACUCAGGUGGACAGGCGGGAAACUGAGGCCCGACUGCGGAUGAAGUUUGGAGAGAGAUGGGAGUUCCCCGGUCAGGGGAAAGCCAGGUCUGGAGACCACCUGACCCAGGAUCUGGAGGGAAUGAAACUGAAGCUCGAGGUAACCUCGUGAGUUCCCGAGGUCACAGCGCUAGUAAGUGGAGAAGCGAAGAGCCGGGCUACAGUCAGCAACACGUCCGGCGCCCUGACCCACCGCGGGCCCCGACUUCAGCCCGCAAAAGUGCCCGCACCCGUCCUGGAUGCGGGCGCAUCGGCCCAAGCUCGAGCGCCGCCGACCGACGAGCUCCUCUCAACCUCAGCCUCAACCUCAUCAUGGCCUCUGCUGGUCUGCAAAUCCUGGGGAUCAUUCUGACAAUGCUUGGCUGGGUGAAUGCUCUGGUGUCCUGUACCCUGCCCCUGUGGAAGGUGACUGCCUUCAUUGGCAACAACAUCGUGGUGGCCCAAGUGGUGUGGGAGGGGCUGUGGAUGUCCUGCGUGGUGCAGAGCACCGGCCAGAUGCAGUGCAAGGUGUACGACUCGCUGCUGGCGCUGCCCCAGGACCUGCAGGCUGCCCGGGCCCUCUGCGUCAUCACCCUCCUUCUGGCCCUGUUCGGCCUGCUGGUCUACCUUGCCGGGGCCAAGUGCACCACCUGUGUGGAAGACAAGGACUCCAAGGCCCGUCUGGUGCUCACCUCUGGGAUCAUCUUUGUCAUCUCAGGGGUCCUGACUCUGAUCCCCAUCUGCUGGACAGCCCACACCAUCAUCCAGGAUUUCUACAAUCCCCUGGUGGCUGAGGCCCAAAAGCGGGAACUGGGGGCCUCCCUUUACUUGGGCUGGGCAGCCUCUGGCCUUUUAUUGCUGGGUGGGGGGCUGCUGUGCUGCACCUGCCCCUCGGGGGGGUCCCGGGGCUCCAGCCAUUACAUAGCCCGCUACUCAGCAUCUGCCCCGCAUGCCACCCCUCAGGGUCCCUCUGAGUACCCCACUAAGAAUUAUGUCUAAUUCAGGUAGGGAAAUAGAGGUUCCCUUGACUGGGAGCCUAACCCCCUGGGCUAGAGCCACUGAGAUGGUGAUCCGUGGCAGCUUUGGGAUUUUUUAUCUUUCAUUUCUGUUUUUUGGAGGGGUGUUUUUUAAUCCUUUUGGUAACCCAGCAAGAAUAAACUUGGGUUCCCAC